GGGACCGGAGGUGCACGGUUCCCGGGGUCUUCUGCUUCCAGGACGAGAGUGCCCAAGGAUGAGUGAGAUGGCUCUUCAUGCUUCAUGACUCUCCCCUAAUGGAGGUUUCCCCGCCUCCUUGGUUGACCUGUUCUGAGUCUGAUCAUCCCGCCAGACAGGAAGUUCUUCACUGUGCCUGAGCCAACCCUCUCCUCUUGGUAUUCAGUCCCUUAGAGGCCCGGGCAGGGGCUCUCUCCUCCACCAGAAUCCCCACAGAGACCCAAGAGCCGGCAGCCCCUUGGGUCCGAGGAACGGAGCAGUCACCCCGCUGAUCCUGAUGGCACAAUUUUCAGGGCGGAGGAGCAGGCAUGGGCCUGGCCUACAAUCCUCUGCCCCUCCUCUCCCUGACUCCAGGCCGGCCUGGUGAGCUGGUGACACCUUCAAUAAUCCCUUCUCCACCCCAUCUGCGUGGUGGAAGCACCGUGGGAGUCAGGGAAAUGGAGUCUUGUCACGCAGCCUUUACCUGCUGGUGCUGCUGAUGGGGAUCCUGGGUGACGGAUUCAUCGUGGGACUGUUGAGCAGAGAAUGGGUUCGAAGCAGGGAGCUGCCUCCGUGCGACAAGAUCGUGGCCAGUCUGGGAGCCUCCAGGUUUUUCAUGCAUUGGAUGUCAACCCUGAAUGGGAUCUGCAUCCUGGUCUCCCCCAGAUCAUAUUGUUCCACUAAUGUCUUCUACAGUGGGAUCCUCUGGAUCCUUCUGAACUUGUUCUCCUUCUGGUUUGCUGCCGGGCUCAGCGUCUUCUACUGCUUGAAGAUCGCCACUUUCACCCACCCACUCUUCCUCUGGCUGAAGCAAAAGAUUUCGAGGAUGGUGCCGUGGCUCCUCAUAGGUUCUAUACUGGUUUCCUGUGUCUCCACUCUACCCUUCAUUAUCCAUUACAGCACUAAUGACACCUGGAAGAACAAGUCAAGGAACAGCACCGAGACUGUGGCGAAGACCUUCCAGUCUCUAAAAAUCUUGCCGUUGAUCUUCAUCCCAUUGUGUGUCCCAUUCCUCCUGCUGCUCAUCUCCUCCGUCCUGCUGACCACCUCCCUCUGGAGACACCUGAAGGCCAUGCAGCAUCACGGCCCCGGCCUGCAGGACUGCAGCACCAAGGCUCACACCUGUGCGCUCACAACGCUGGCCUCCUUUCUCUCCUUCUACGUUUGGUACUUCAUCUCUCUGAUCGUCACCUCGACCUUGACCAUUCCAUUUGACAGUCCUUGGUUAUGGCUAGUCCAGCUCUUAUCUUUCUUGGGGACAACGUGCCACCCCGUCUUGCUGAUAUGGAGCAACCCCAAAAUCCGGGGGGGCCUAGAGAGGGGACUCCAUUACAUACCAGCCUGCCAGACACCGUGUGGGACAGCAUAAACUUUUCUCCAAGUAAGACUGGAUUUAGUAUGGUCUAGAUUACCCAGAAUCCGAUGGUUUUUCAGGUAGG